AUGGAAAAUAACUAACUCAUGUCUAUUAGUCAAGAUGAAUAGGAUUGCUUUUUUAGUGAAGAUGAUGAAUAAAUUUCAUAAAUAAUAGAAUAAGAUCCAACAGGUCGAUUUUGUAAAGUAUUUAUUUAGUUAUAACUCAGUAUAAUGAAGAAAUUGGCAAAGGAGCUUAUAAAAGUGUGUUUAGAGGAUAUGAUAAUUAAAGUGGUUGUGAAGUGGCAUGGAAUGUUUUUUAAUUACAUAGUGUUCCAGAAAGUAUUCUCAUUUUAUUGAAUUAUUGUAGAUGAAAGAAGAAGAGCAAGAUAAGAGAUUUCAAUCUUAAGUAGUUUAAAACAUAAUAAUAUAAUAAAUUUUAUCCAUUCUUGGCAUAAUAAAAAAAAGAAAGAAAUAAUUUUCAUAACUGAAAUCAUCAAUGGUGGUUCUUUAAAAAAGUAAUUAUAUAAAAUCAAAUUUUAUUAGUUAUUUACGUAGAAUAUUAAGACCAAAACUAAAAGUCAUUAAAAAUUGGUGUAGAUAAAUUCUUUUAGGUCUUGAGUAUUUACAUAAAUAAAAAAUCAUUCAUAGAGAUUUAAAAUGUGAAAAUAUAUUGAUAGAUACAAAUAAUAACGAAUUAAAAAUUGGUGAUUUAGGACUCUCUAUCUAGUAAGGAUAGCAACAAUUAUUAGAUUACAAUAAUCUUUUACUAGUUCUGUGUUAGGAACUCCAGAAUUUAUGGCCCCUGAAAUUUAUUAAGAACAUUAUGAUACAAAAGUAGAUAUAUAUGCCUUUGGAAUGUGUUUAUUAGAAAUGGUUACUGGAGCUAAACCAUUUUGUGAAUGUAAAGGAGGUAUUGGGUAAGUGAUCAAAAAGGUUAUGGAAUAAUAGAAACCUUAAUCAUUAGAUGCAAUUCUUAAUGAUAAAAUCAAAUCAAUUAUCUUAGAGUAUCAUUAUAUUAUAUAUUUAUUCAGAUGUUUAAAAACCCCUGAGUAAAGACCUUCAGUUUCUGAAUUAUUAUAAACUCAUUUUAAUGGAUAACCUUAGGAAAAUGAUAAUUUGCCUGUUGCUAUAAAUGAAUAAUAUUUAAUUCAAUUGAGAGAUGAUAGCAAAAGUACAAUUGUUUUAUUGUUCAGAUUCAUCUCUUCUAAAAUGCAACCUAUCAAAUAAAAUUAUGUUGACAGCAGGAAGUAGUAAAUUUGAAACCAAUUCAGAAAUUAGUAACUAAAAAUAACCAUAGUAAAUUUAAAUGAAAAAGAAAAACAUGAUUAUUUAAACAGAUGAUGAAACAGAUCAAGUGUUUAUGUAAUGUUAUAAAGCAUAUAUUGUAAUAUCAAUUAUUCAAUUAUAUAUAUAUAGGAUAAAAAGAAAGAUGAUACAUUUUUAGAUUUAGAAUAAAGAUAAGAAAAAGAACUUCAAAUUUUAAAAUAAUUUCAUGCUUAAUAAAAAUAAGAAUAUCUUAAAAAAACAUAAAAUUCUUAAGCAGCCAUUAAAAUACCAAAUUAAUUAUUUUAAAAUUCAGGAUUUAUGUCUCCUUAAUCAUAUCAAAACUUUUUUGAGUUUUAUAAUGAAUCAAAUACAAUCAAAUCAAUAGUUGAAAGUCCUUGUAUGGAAAAGAUUGCCAAUACCAAAAUUAUUAAAUAAGGAUAAAUAAAUGUAAAUAAAAUAUAUAUAUAUUUAAUAGUAGGGAGAUAGUUCUUAAGGAUAAUAAUUCUAAAUUAAUCAUAUAUCCUAAAAUGGUAUUUUGAAUCAAUUAAUUGUAGAUAAAUAAAUCGAAGUCAAUUUUUGA